AUGUCACUUAAGAAACACCAUACUGCAGAAGAAGUAGCUGCUGAGCGUCAGUCUAAGUUAGAUGCUAAAGAAGAGAAAGAACGCACCAAGAGAGCUAGCAUCAAACAUGUUGCUCAAUAUGAGAAGAACCAGGCAGACCAGGAUGUGAUGACUAAUGCUACACCGUGUGCUGCGCCGCCAAAGCCAAAGCCAAUCCCAAGCAAGAGGAAGGCUGUUGUGGCGCCUCCUGCUACCAAGAAGGCCAAGGCCAAAGCCAAUCCCUUGCAAACAGAAGAUGGUGCAGCUGCUGAGAUGGAUGAUGCGGCUGCUGAUAGUAGUGCCUUCAACCCUGAUCCAACCCAACAUUCAGGCAUGGUGACCUCGGACAUAGACACAGAUGGGUCUGAUAGUGAAAUGCUGUCGUCGCCGCCCAGGAAAAAGACAAAAGUUAGCGGGAAGAAGGCAGGGAAGAUGACGAAGAGUUCUAGUAAGGCUGCAGAUAGGAAGAAAGCUGCACCUCACAGCACAAUCAGCCUCAAUUCCGAUGACUCAAACGACUCAGACGACUCAGACAUCCUUGUUGUCGACGCAACACCGAAGAAAGCUCCCAGCAAACAGCCAGCAUCUGUUCAGCCGGAUGAUGAUGCUAUGUCAAUUCCGGCUGCUCACUUGAACAACAACUUGGAUGAACCUAUCACCAGUCACCCUCCAGGAAGGCAGCCAUCUCAGUGGACCAUGCCCGUCUUGAGUGAAUAUGACUGUGGUGCUACUCCUAUAGCCGGGGCUCCAGGUCGUGUUGAUAAGAAGGGCAAAGGGAAUGAGAAGGAGAAGGAGAAGAAGGAGAAGGGAAAGGCAGAUCUGGCAGAUGAUAAGAAGAUUAGCAUUAGCCAUCAAGCGCAUUCUGAUGAGAAACGGAUUCCACUGAGUUCGAAAAGUGACUUGACUCCCAAUGGCAAGGACUUUUCCACUGGCAUUAACAAUUGGGCAGCAAGCAUCCCGAAAAAUGCAAAGCCCAGUACUAAGGCCACCACCAGCCAGCCCAGCAUAUUCAAAAAUAGCACAAGUUCACACCGCCUUCCCCCCUGA